AUGACCAUCAUUCUCACUUCCAACGCGUCCGGAGCCUCUCAGAAGCUCAAAAUGGCCUCCCAGUGUAUGCGGACCAUUCUUACCGCUGCUCGUCGCCCUGUACUAAUUGCUAGGCCUUUCCUAGCUCCCCCAAGGCCCAAGCAUGGUCUUACACCCCCCGCUCUCGAUGAAGCCGUCCAUGCGUUGCGCUGUCUUGCUCAGCUCCGGUCCAAGGACAAGGGCAUCGAGAAAUACAUCUAUCUCUCCAUGCUCAAGGAGCAGGACCCUGCUAUGUUCUACAAGCUCUGUCUCUCCAAUAUGUCAGAGUUCACCCCCAUCAUCUACACCCCAAUCGUCGGCGACGCCUGUCUGCAAUACUCGCACAUCUACAGGCGUCCUGAAGGCUUGUAUGUGUCCAUCAAGGACAAGGGCAAUAUCAAAUCUGUCAUUUCCAAUUGGCCCAGAAUCGACGAGGCCAGAAUCAGCGUCGUCACUGAUGGCUCUCGUAUUCUCGGUCUGGGUGACCUUGGUAUAAAUGGCAUGCCCAUUUCUAUUGGGAAGCUUUCCCUCUAUAUCGCUGGCGCCGGAAUUCGUCCCACAUCAACCAUUCCCAUAUGCCUUGAUCUUGGAACAAAUAAUCAAGCUUAUCUGGAUGAUCCGCUGUACCUGGGCCUCCGCGAACGGCGCGUGCCCGACGAUGAGAUGACAGAGUUUAUGGACGAAUUCAUGAGCGAAAUGUCCGUCGCCUUCCCGAAAUUGAUGGUGCAAUUCGAAGACUUUUCCACGGACCACGCAUUCACGUACCUUGAGCGGUAUCGGAACAAGUAUCCCGUCUUCAACGAUGACAUCCAAGGAACAGGAGCUGUCGUACUCAGUGGAUUCCUCAACGCCGCCAAGAUCUCAUCUGCGGUGUCCGGGCGCCCGUUGAGCAGCCAUCGGAUUCUGUUCUUCGGCGCGGGGUCGGCCGGUGUUGGUGUGGCCUCACAGCUCAUGAGUUUCUUCACCAUCCAGGGCCUGUCGGCCGACGAAGCACGGGAACGUGUUUGGUUGGUUGACUCACAAGGCCUUGUGUAUGAUGCUCGUGGCAAAUUGGCGGAGCACAAGAAAUACUUCUCGCGUAAGGACUACGCAGGCCCGCCUAUGAAGAACCUCCUCGAAAUCAUCGACUAUGUGAAGCCCACUGCUUUAUUGGGUCUCUCAACGAUAUCUAACGCCUUCAAUGCAGACGUCAUCCAAGCCAUGAGUGCUCUCAACCCUCGCCCCAUCAUCUUCCCUCUGUCCAACCCCGUACGUCUGUCCGAAUGCACAUUCGAGGAUGCUGUGGUGAACUCCAACGGCAACGUACUGUUUGCUUCGGGUUCGCCCUUCGAUCCCAUUGAAUACAACGGCAAGACCCUAUACCCCGGACAAGGUAACAACAUGUACAUCUUCCCUGGUUUGGGUUUGGGUUCAAUCCUUUCUAGGGCAAAGAGCGUGACCGAUACCAUGGUUGAAGCCGCAUCUCUCGGAUUAGCAGACUCGUUGACACCCGAGGAGCAUGACGCCGGAUUGUUGUACCCCAGGAUUGAGAGGAUUCGUGAGAUUAGCGCGCACAUCGCUAAGGAUGUCAUACGGGCGGCACAGAAAGCGGGUGUCGACCGCUCGCCGGAGCUUCGGGAACUGGAUGACGACGACCUUUACAAGAGGGUGCAAAGCAAGAUGUGGAACCCUUAAAUUUUUAUUCGUAUUUGCUUUGAUACUAUGCUCUCCCUCAUCAUGCAUCAGCACUGGUUUUCCUUUUUGGCAUUCGUCCUCCACUUGUAGAUCUAGCGUAUGGAGUAUUAUAUAUAUAAUUCGGACUGAAUACAACA